GGAGCGGCGAGUGGGUGGAGUCGGUGCGGGUCUCGGCCGGUCGGAGCGAGUCAGGAUCUGAGGCCGAAGCAGCGGGACCGGCGGAGGAGGAAGGCAGGGCCGGGAGGCCGCUCGUCUCCGCCGGGUGCUCCCAGCCGCCGCCAUGGGCAUUAAAUUUUUAGAAGUUAUAAAACCUUUCUGUGCAGUUUUACCAGAAAUUCAGAAACCAGAAAGGAAGAUUCAGUUUAGAGAGAAGGUAUUAUGGACUGCUAUAACCUUGUUCCUUUUCUUAGUAUGUUGUCAGAUACCGCUGUUUGGAAUUAUGUCAUCAGACUCCGCAGAUCCUUUCUACUGGAUGAGAGUUAUUCUUGCUUCUAACAGAGGAACUUUAAUGGAAUUGGGUAUCUCUCCAAUCGUAACAUCUGGUUUGAUCAUGCAGUUGUUAGCUGGAGCUAAAAUCAUUGAAGUUGGAGAUACACCAAAAGACCGAGCUCUGUUCAAUGGAGCCCAGAAAUUAUUUGGUAUGAUUAUAACUAUUGGGCAAGCCAUUGUGUAUGUCAUGACUGGAAUGUAUGGAGAUCCUGCUGAAAUGGGUGCUGGAAUCUGUCUACUUAUAAUCAUUCAGUUGUUUGUUGCUGGUUUGAUUGUGCUGCUGUUAGAUGAGCUGCUACAGAAGGGUUACGGCUUGGGGUCUGGUAUUUCCCUCUUUAUUGCCACCAACAUCUGUGAAACCAUUGUCUGGAAGGCCUUUAGCCCCACUACCAUUAACACUGGCAGAGGCACUGAGUUUGAGGGUGCGGUCAUUGCUCUGUUUCACUUGUUGGCCACCAGAACAGACAAAGUCCGUGCUUUAAGGGAAGCUUUCUAUCGUCAGAAUUUGCCUAAUCUCAUGAACCUCAUCGCUACAGUUUUUGUGUUUGCUGUCGUUAUAUAUUUUCAAGGAUUUCGUGUUGACUUACCCAUCAAGUCUGCUCGAUAUCGUGGACAGUACAGUAGCUAUCCCAUCAAGCUCUUCUAUACCUCCAACAUUCCCAUCAUUCUUCAGUCUGCCUUGGUUUCUAACUUAUAUGUUAUAUCCCAGAUGUUGUCUGUUCGGUUCAGUGGCAACUUCCUAGUUAAUUUAUUAGGACAAUGGGCUGAUGUCAGUGGAGGAGGUCCUGCUCGCUCCUACCCAGUCGGAGGCCUUUGCUAUUAUCUUUCUCCCCCAGAGUCUAUGGGUGCCAUAUUUGAAGACCCUGUCCAUGUGGUUGUUUAUAUCAUCUUUAUGCUGGGAUCUUGUGCAUUUUUCUCUAAGACAUGGAUAGAGGUUUCUGGCUCCUCAGCCAAAGAUGUAGCAAAGCAACUUAAAGAACAGCAAAUGGUGAUGAGAGGUCACCGAGACACCUCUAUGGUUCAUGAACUUAAUAGGUACAUCCCCACAGCAGCUGCCUUUGGUGGUUUGUGCAUUGGUGCCCUCUCAGUGUUAGCCGACUUCCUGGGGGCUAUUGGUUCGGGCACUGGAAUUCUACUUGCAGUCACAAUUAUUUAUCAGUAUUUUGAAAUAUUUGUUAAGGAGCAGGCUGAAGUUGGAGGAGUUGGUGCUUUGUUUUUCUAAAUGUUCGACUAUUUCAUUAUUCAUGUGAAAGGGAAAAUAUUUUGAAACAUCAUUUUGGUCCGAUAAUGCUGUGGCUUCCCCCUCCGCCAUCUUGUUUUAAAGUGCUAACUGCCCCAUUUCUCUAAUGGGUGAUGAGCUAUGCCUGUGAGCAGCAUUAGUACCAGCUGCCUUAAAACUAAAGUUUACAUUAUUUGUUCAAAAUAUAGCUAUCUUAUCUAUCUAAUGUUCCCUAUAUUGCUGGAAACCAGUGUAUCUACCUUGCUGUUUUGAACCACUAUGGUGAAAGGUAUCAGUUUGAUAUUGGUAGACACUUUUGCAUACAAAACUCAAGAAUAGUAAAUAUUUCCCCAACUUGUGUUUUCAAAUAAAUGCAGUUCAAAUUGCCACUUUCCAGUACUUUUGAGCUUAUUUAAUGAGUUCCUGAAUACAUUUAUAUCUAAUCUAUAUAUUUAGAUGAAUUACUUUUUAUACUUUUUUAACUCACAGUAUCCACCUCACUUCCCUUCUUCUCCGUAUCUUCUUCCCCAUCCACAUAUUUCCCCCUUCCCCUUUUAAUUGGCAUGGUUUAUUUUGUUUUGUUUUUUGGUGCCUGUCAAGAAAGCUACUUCUCAGCUCUGAAAGUGGAAAACAAAAUAAGCCACAAACAUAUUCCUGUCAUUUUAAGCAACUGAGCCCAGUGUUUCCUCUUAGUAUAUAUCCCUCCUCAGUUUUGAUUCUUCCUGCUCUUUUCAAUGACAGUCUGUACUGUCUGUGUUGUUGACCAUGCCUUAUUUCAUUAAGUCACUUGAGAAAACUCUCAAGAUACUAAGCCCUAAUUUUUCUUGUUUGUUUUAAGCUCCCAAAGGAAAGAUAACAGUAUUUGAAGUUCAGGUGGUAGAGGGAGGAGAGAGGUGGAAAAUGAGUAAUUCAUGCUAAGAAUUUAUGUAUGUUGUUGCACUUUAUAGCAGCGACAUAAAUGUAAACAUUAGACAAUAAACUUUUAUUUAAUAAACCUGACUCAUUUUUUUAAGAAAAGAAAAUAUAAAGAAUUCUUGUGGUAAAUUUUCUGAAAUAACAUGUAGGAUUGUGUGCUUCUGAGUUUAUGCUGAAAGGCUAAAGUAAGCAAAAACCAAGUUAUACUUAGUAUUUUAAUUUUGAAAUGCUGAAAAGGAAGGUGAUUAAACUUAAAGGAAGUUCAAGUUUAUGUGAUGAAAAUAUGAAAGGUGAAGGAAAAUAGUGUCACAAAACAGUAUUUGCUGUUUUUGGCUAAUCAGCAAGUGCCAUGCCCAUAGUCAGUGCUUUAUAAAUAUUUGUUGAUCUUUUAAUUUUUUUAUUUUUUGCACAGGGCAAUGAGGGUUAAGUGACUUGCCUAGGGUCACACAGCUAGUAAGUAUCAAGUGUCUGAGGCCAGAUUUGAACUCAGGUCCUUCUGAAUCCAGGGCCAGUGCUUUAUCCACCGUGCCACCUAGCUACCCCCCAAUAUUUGUUGAUCUUGAUAUGAAACAGUUCUAAGGUUUAAGAUUAAACUCUUUUUUUCCAAAAAUCACGUGUUGGUUGUUUUUCAGAGCCCUGCUUUGUUUUACCCUUACAAAGUAUGCAGGAUAGGGAAUAUAUUAUUAUUUAUAUUGGCCUUGUAUUUAGUUAGCAACAAGAGCAGCAUUUUUAUUAUAAUAUAGUUACUAUUUUAUUUAAGAACAAAAAACAAUUUGUUCCAGUGACACUUCUAACAAAUU